AUGAAGGCACUUUUUGAUAACGGAACUUCGAAUCCUUCGGUCCGACGUCUAGUGGCACUUGUUCGAGCGAAGACGCAAGGUGAUGAUCCUGCGAGCGAAAAGGAUGACCGAUGGUCCGAGAAAGCUGUGAAAAGUUUAGUGAAGAAGUUGAAGAAAACGAAAGCAAUUGAAGAGUUGGAGAAGGCGAUUUCCACAGAGGAUCCGUUCACGGAUUGUGUUUGUAUACCUAGGUCUUUGGACGGUCGUUUGCAAGUAUCGCAGCGAAAAUGUUUACCGCAUGUAAUCUAUUGCCGUAUGUGGCGUUAUCCAGAAGUCAAUUCAACGCAUCAGCUGAGAUCCGUAUCGCAUUGUCGAUUUCCAUUCAAUAAGAAACUUGAUCACGUUUGUAUCAAUCCGUAUCACUAUGAGAAAGUUGAAACUCCUGCAUUGCCGGCAAUUCUGAUACCCCGUAAUAUGCAAUGCAGUAGUAAUGGCAAUUCGAAUUGUAACACCAACCCAUGUCGGCAAGUACCCGCCCUUAGCGGGCUUUCGCAUACUGGUGAUCUAUCAACGGCGCUCCGGACCGUUAACCCAUCACUUGAUACCGAUGAGUUGACUGGUGACCGAUGUGUACCAAACCGAACGUUACAAUUCGGUGACGACGAAGUUAUGAUGCAGUCAGCAUUGAGUUCACCAACAACAACCACAUUGAAUAGUCCAACUAGUGGUCUAUCACUGGCACCUUUCAAUGCACUACAAUCACCCUUUAACUCACCAAACCCCAUCGUUGAUAGCCCACUGUUCCCCGCCAACACUGAAGCUGCAUCACCACGUGGUUAUUUGAGUGAAGAUUUGGAAAUGGAUGAGGGUCAAAGCCCUCCGGAUUCAUCUCGCGCAAUAUCACCCACUGAUUCCACUUCUGUUGGUAGUCCACUCUGCAAUCUGGGUUUGAUAGCCGUCGAGUAUUGUGAGCCACCGUUUUGGUGUUCGGUGUCAUAUUACGAAUUGUCACAGCGAGUUGGUGAGAUAUUCCACGCAUCACAGCCGUCGUUAGUUGUUGAUGGCUUCACGGCACCAUCGGAUACGGAACGAUUUUGUUUAGGACAGUUGUCGAAUGUUAAUCGAACACCAGCCGUGAUGGAGGCGAGAAGACAUAUUGGUCGGGGUGCAAGAUUCUAUUAUAUCGGUGGUGAAGUUUUCUGUGAGUGUUUGAGUGAUUCGGCGAUUUUCGUUCAAAGUCCCAACUGCAAUCAACGUCAUGGAUGGCAUCCGGCGACCGUUUGCAAAAUUCCACCAAACUGUAAUCUCAAGAUCUUCAACAACGCCGAAUUCGCAGCUCUGUUGGCCGCCUCUGUGCCGCAAGGCUUCGAAGCGGUUUAUGCACUCACACGUAUGUGCACAAUUCGAGUGUCGUUCGUAAAAGGCUGGGGCGCGGAGUACAGACGUCAAACGAUAACGGCGACGCCGUGUUGGGUUGAAGCCUAUCUGAACGGCCCUUUGCAAUGGCUCGAUAGCGUUCUGAAACAAAUGGGUAGUCCACCAAAUCGAUGCACUAGUUUUUCGUGA